AUGAUCGCUGUGUAUCACUCACACGGAGAACGGCAAUUGCAAGACAAUAGCACCGAGGAUCCCCUUAUCAGGCUUCUUGUAACAUUGCCACGAGGGUGGACUCUAAAACCUGGUCAAACGGUAUACUUAUAUGUUCGGACAAACAAUCCAUGGUCAUUUCUGCAAGGGCACCCGUUUUCGGUCGUUUGGUGGAAUGAUGCGCGCAGAGAAAAUGGCCGAACAGAUGACGAAGACCUCGGCCAAGAUCUUUCUAUACUUGGAAAGGAUGGCAUAAGAAGGGAGGAACCAGUGACUGAAGUAGAGUCUAAUGUCGGGAACCCCUUUGCCUUCUGGUUGCUUGUCCAACCACGGUGGGGCUUCACAAAAGAUCUUGCCGCCUAUGGGACCUCGACAAAGCUACGAGCUGUGGUUGAUGGUCCAUAUGGUGGUGAUUUCAAUUUUAAGGAUUAUGGCCAUGUGAUCCUUUUCGCGCAAGGAAUUGGCAUCGCAGCGCAAAUACCAUACAUGCGGCAGUUCUUCUACGGAUCAUUAAACGGGAUACUUCCUGUUCGCCGUAUAUCGCUUAUAUGGGAGACGACCGAGAGGAAUCUCGUUACAGUUGAGCCUUGGAUGACACAUCUACUUACUCAAGAUCAUGAUGACUACAGUAGAACACUAAUGCUCAAUAUCAAGCUGCAUGUUCUGGAUAAACAGUCUGGCUUGCGAUAUGGGCGACGCGUCAGCAGCUUUGCAGGCCCUAUGAAUGUGAAGGAUAUUCUAUCCGAAGAAUUUCAAGCCCAGCGGGGAAAGACACUAAUCACCGGUCAUUUUUAUAUAAGUAAUGAAAUUUUCCAUAACGCACAGCUGCAGGACUCAGUCUUUUUUCAAACCUUAUUCCUCAAGCAAAUGAAACCAUUGUCGCCGAGAAUGUUCACCUUCAACACUAUUGAGCCGAAUCAGCAUGAUUUUGUUUCAGGCUUCAAUCCAACGCCUCUUCGGGAAUAUCAUAGACGGCAGCAUAUUUUAGCGAGUCCUCUCCUCAUCAAGAUCUUCAAUGCGUGCAAAAGCAACACAGCAAGUGACCCGGAUGCAGGCGCUGCCAAAGAGCAAAUAUUGGCAAUAAAUAUUCACAUUCGAGAGCUGAAUGCUCAAAACAAUCUUGAUUCAAAUUUUUGUACGAUUGCAGUCGAUGUGUUUCUAUAUGCAUGGUCCAAUCAGGAUCUAAACCAAUAUCUUCAUGACUUUUGCCGGAUCCAUUAUCUUCCUGUGGGAUGGGCAUGUCAGCCACCUGAAUUAUACAGUCGAUAUCAGCCUUAUACCUGUCGGUACUGGGAAGACUGUGAUUGGCACAUCCCAACACUUUUAUUCAACUUUGUCUGGCAACUCCGUAAAGCGGACGUCAAUUCAGACAUCAUAGACGACCAGGAAACCAUAGUAAUUGAGUAUGGCUUCGAGUUCAAUCGACGUGUCAGCAAAUUUCAUUCACUGCAUGGAAAUCAGACCUCAACAGUCGGCUAUAUACAAACAGACAAUAUUUUGCGCCUUCUCAACAAUUUGGGUAACUGUUACAGUUCCAAGGAUAAAUCAGGUUAUGAGACUAGUCGUACUAACCUGAGACGAGAAUGCCUUCUUCAUAAUUAUCCUCUCUGUUGGGUUCCAGAUACCUUUUCAUUGGAGCUGUCAAAAAAGAACCUGUGGUUUUCACGUGAAAUUGUGUAA